CGCCCCCCUCUCCUCCUCCACGGAGUCAGUCGUGGAUUGCAGCUGUUGAUUGUGUCGACUGCCCUCUGCCUCCGGACGAGUCAUGGUGGCCCUCCCUCUUCCCUACGACAUGGCCAGAGUAGGUCCCAUUUAAGUGUAGUUGUUUGAUCACUGAACAUUGACCGUCUUGAAUGAGUCGAUGUGGUUUGCCCAUUUCUUUUCCGUGUAAGUGGCCUGCCUUGACUUAUUAAGCCGUGAAUGCAUAUAUACGUGUAAAAGAUCUCCUUGGAGGGAGGGAGGGAAGUGGGCAGAGCUAACGAGACGAUAGACAGAGGAAGUCAGGGAAUAAGGAGAAGAAGCAAAAGAGGGGCUUCUUCUUCUUCUGCGCGCCCCCCUUCGCUUGCUCCCCUUAUCGAGGCCUCUGCGUUCUCCGACUGCUGCUGCAGGCGAUGGUAAUUGGAAGUAUGAAAGCAGAGGGGAGAAUUGAAAGAAGCUCGAGGCGGAGCGGAAGCGGCAUAGAUCUUACGUGCACCUUCAAAUUAGUGGCUCUUCUUUGGGCUGUCCUCCCCAUCGCUGCUAUCGAGGCUUUCGAUUACAAGGACGCCCUGUCAAAGAGUCUCCUCUAUUUCGAGGCCCAGCGCUCCGGCCAUCUUCCCUACAACCAGCGCGUCGCAUGGCGCGGCCACUCUGGCCUCACCGAUGGCCUUCAACAAGGAGUAGAUCUGGUGGGAGGUUACUAUGACGCCGGAGACCACGUUAAGUUCGGUCUACCGAUGGCCUUUACGAUAACGAUGCUGUCGUGGAGCGUCAUCGAGUACGGCGACGAGAUAGCGGCCGCCGGAGAGUACCAUCACGCUCUGGAGGCUAUCAAGUGGGGCACUGAUUAUUUCAUCAAAGCCCACACCCAUCCCAACGUCCUCUGGGUCGAGGUGGGGGACGGCGACACCGAUCAUUACUGCUGGCAAAGGCCGGAAGACAUGACGACUUCACGGCAAGCAUACAAGAUCGACACCGAGAACCCGGGGUCAGACGUCGCCGGAGAGACCGCCGCGGCCAUGGCUGCCGCGUCCAUCGUCUUCCAGGAAUCUAAUCCACAUUACUCACACCUCCUGUUGCAUCAUGCGCGACAGCUGUUUGAGUUUGCGGACAAGUAUCGAGGGAAGUACGACAGUAGCGUCCGAGAGGCGAAGAGAUACUACCCGUCGUGGAGCGGGUACGAGGACGAGCUGCUGUGGGCGGCGCUUUGGCUCCACAGGGCAACAGGGAAGGGGGCGUACCUGGAGUACGCGGUGGAGAACGGCCAUAGAUUCGGAGGAACCGGGUGGGAGAUGGCCGAGUUUAGCUGGGACGUCAAGCACGCCGGCGUUCAGAUCCUGGCUACCAAGCUUUUCAAGGGAGGCGAUCUACCGGAGUCGCAAAGACGAGCAGCGCAACAAUACCGAGCCAAGGCGCAGUUCUACGUCUGCGCUUGUCUGAACGAGAACAACGGCAGCAACGUGCACCGGACACCCGGCGGCAUGCUAUUCGUCCGACAGUGGAACAACAUGCAGUACGUCUCCAGCGCCGCCUUCCUCCUCAGCGUCUACUCCGACCAUCUGAUCAAGGCGGAACAACGAGAGCUGCGGUGCCCCGACGGCGCGGUCGGGACGCAGGAGCUGGUCGCCCUCGCCAAAUCCCAGGCGGACUACAUCCUCGGCGCCAACCCCAUGCGCACUAGCUACCUGGUGGGAUACGGCCGCAAGUACCCCAUGAAGGUCCACCACCGGGGCUCCUCGAUCGUGUCCUACAAGAGGAGCAAAGGCUUCAUCGGGUGCAUGCAGGGCUACUACGACUGGUACGGCCGGCGAAGCCCCAACCCCAACGUGAUCACCGGGGCUCUCGUCGGCGGCCCUGACUCCCGGGACAAGUUCAGAGAUCAGCGGGGGAAUUACAUGCAGACGGAGGCAUGCACGUACAACACCGCGCCGCUGGUGGGCGUGUUCGCCAAGCUGCAUCGCUUGUCGGAUCAACAGAUACAGAUACAGGAAAUGUCAACUCCGGCGGCUUCCUCCUCCUAGGAAACCAAACCAUCGCAGGGUUGGACAAGAUGGGUACAGCAUUUCUUCAUUCUUUCUUCUUUUUGAUUCAUUCAGAGCGCGCACCGACGAGCCUGAAGACAACGUCAUGGCUCUCGUUCUUGGGAGGCGUCUCACGGGCUAUCAAGGAAUACAAAUGCCAAGAUGGGCAAGCAAAGAGAAAAAAGAAACCUUUUUUUACCAAACAUGUAAUUAAUUAGUAUACUACAAAGAAAAAGAAUAAAACCAUACAUGGUGAAUACAUCUCA